AGUAAAACUCUGAAUAAAAACAAAAAUCAGAGCCUGAAACGAGGCCUGAAGCUGGAAUAAAUUAAAAAAAAAAUCAAAAGCCUGGAAUAGACAAAAAUUGAGACAAAAGAAUGUUAGAUGGAAGAAAAUAUUUUUAAAUAAUUGAGAAAAAUGCAUCUCGACUAGUGUUACAGGAGUGUCGCGAUAAUCCGAUCCCGCGAUAAUCCGUAUGCUUCUGUAAUCCGCAUUGCAUUUUCAUUCCCUUGAAGUACUCUAGGUAUAAUCCGGAUUUUACUUGAUUUAGUAAUCCGAAUUCAUUAACAUGACUGUUGAAAAUAAAAACACAGGUUUUCACUUGUCGUUUUGUAACUGCGUUCAAGUGGAUAGAUAGUUUUUACAUGUCUACACGCAUCUUUCAAUACGCAGCGUCCUUCCUUACUGUGUGGGCUUUUUCAAAGAAAAUGGCACCUAUUAAACGCAAACACAAAACUUGUCUCAACGAAAAGUCAGCGAUUAUAGACGAGCUGAAAUGCGGAGUUAGUGGGAAAUAUUUAGCUGUUAAGUAUGGAGUAGGGGCUUCAACCAUCAGUGACAUUAAGAAAAAGCGAACUGUAAAAUGCCUUAGUAAUCCGAAUAAUUUGAUAAUCCGGAUUGGUCUGGUUUUAAUUGAUCCGGAUUAUUGCGACACUACUGUAUAAAAUUCUCGGUAAUUUUCGAACGUUACCGAACUUUCGGGAAUGUUUGAGAAUUUUCGAGAAAUAAUGAGAACUUUGGAGAAUGUUGCAAAAGCUCCUAUAAAUUCAGCUUUUUAAUGUAGGGCUUGUAAAAAUGUCUAUUUAUAAUAAAGUUUCACUAAAUUUCCCUAUUUUUCUUUUCUCUGGUAGGGGUAGGGGAAUUUUCCAUAAAUGUAGAUAACCCUUGUCUAUGUAUUAUUAAUUUAUUGUAAAGAAAAUGAUAAUAUUUAUAAAAUUAAUACAAGUCUUGUUUCUUGUAAGUUGGUGUAAAAAAAAAAACAAACUAAAAAACAACGUAGAUGUAGGUGGCAGUGGUAGCACCAAAAAAUAAAACUCAAAAAUCUUUAAAUGCAAAUACCUAAAUAACAUAACUACAUAAAGCGUUAAGUCAAAACAAAAAAUAAUAUAAAAAAAUAAAUUUAAAAAUAAAAAUAGGAACUCUAAAAAAAGGAACUUAAAAAACGAACUUUCUAGAGUCAAUGGUAAUAACACAAGACUCAAAUCAAACCAUUAGAAAACGUUUAGAAAUGCAUUUUCAGCGAACUUUCGCUUAGAGAGGAACGAACAUUACCGUAAAUUACGGUAAAAGUGCGAACGUUCGCUUGGUAAAGUUUGCUUGUUACAACACUAAUCUCGACUUAGUCAGUGUUGUGAAUAAGUUUUUGUACAUUACAUGUGUGCUAGGGAAUAGAAAUUAAAAAUAGUCGAAAUGGGACAGAUCAAAUAAGUUUUAAGUCAUGCUAUUAGCCUAAAAAUUGUUAUAAUAAAGGGUCAAAAAACCUGUACCUUUUCUAACAUAAAAUACCUGAUAAACAUAGAUUUCUUCCCAACAAAAAUUAAUGUCUGAACCUGAACGCUGCCAUUUCUCCACAAAUUGAUGGUCAUAGCAUACUCGUCACGUUAUUUAUUAUAAAAAUAACUAAAACCUAAACUGAUAAGACUAUUGCACACUUACCAAAGUAUUUUACAACAAAUUUUCAACUUAAGUCGAGCCACAAACAAGCUACAGGGCUCGUACUAGCUGCGAAAGCUACGUGUCAGAGAAGAAGCGUCGUGUAAUUUAUCAUUGAAAAUUUACCACGUCUUCAAUAAUUUUUUUUCGAGGAUUAUUAGUUUAAACAAAGCAAAAUCCACUUUAAUCUUUCGAACAAUUCCUGUUUACGUGUACACCUACACACCAUUAUUAUAAACAAUAUAAAAAGAUAUCCAAAUGUAAAAAUAAACAAAAGGGGCGAUUUGAGGUUAGUUUUUUGUUGACUUUUGAUUCAGAUUUCGUACAGUUAUCUGUAAAAUUACAGAAAUCUGCAAGAAAUUGGACAACCACCAACCACUGAACCAAACCUAACCUCUAAAAACUCUACAACAAACAAGAACGAUUUUUAAAAUUCCAUCCAGGAUCCAGCGUUUUUACCAAAAUUCUUCACUCAAAUAGGUAUAUCGAGCCCAAAAAUGAGUCUAAAAACAUUGGAACUAAAACCAGACCGUCUCCUUAUGGACUCCAACUUUGAGGGCUACAAGCUAUCCCUAGAAGAACUAGAAUCGUCUCACAAAAACCUGGAAACCCCAGUGGAUAAAACCCAUUUGAAUUCGAGUCAAUACGGUUUACUGCACGCCAAACUGUUCGGACUCCACAACCAUUUAAUUGGGGAUAAGUACGACAACUAUUCUUCAGUUUAUUAUGUGGAUCAACAGUUCAACAUUAGAAAAACUUAUGUUGAUAGUUUGAGUAAUGAACUUGUAGAUCCUGUGAGUGUAUUUGUUAUUCCCAAAGUUCGAGAGCGAGCUCCGGGAGAUUAUAAUGUAACACUGAAGUUUGCAAGUGGCACAAUUGCAGUUGCCUCAGAUGGGAUGGGAUUGUUGUACAUUUUAGAUACUAAAGACAAAAGGGACGAUGACGAAUUCACUACUGUGUUCUCAGGCAAAGUUUUAAACGAUGAAGAUCAGGGAUUUAUCAUUUCGGAUGCUCUUUAUAAUGAUAUUAGCAAAGAAUUACAUGUACUGCUUUUGCACAUACAAGAAAAUACUGUUGAUCGAUUUGUAUCAAUUAUUCACUGGAUAACAUUCAAAGAAGAUGAAAAUAGUUCAUGGAAUCAAGUUGCUAUAAGACAAUUAAAAACCAAAGGAGAAGUUCAAUAUUUGCAUUUGGAAAAAAAUUGUCAACAUAUUUAUGUUGCUUCAGAAAACGCAAUUAGUUUUGUUUUGAAUUCUGAGCAUCCUGUUCAAAUGAAAACUGAAAAAGUAGCUGAGAAAAUUUACAAUUGGUCUCAGACGCUUGAAGAAAUUAGUAUAAAAGUAUCUUUACCUGAAAAUGCUCACAAAAAUCUUGUUAAAGUUACUUGUGAUCAAUCAAAAAUAGAUGUUAGCUAUAAUUCUAAAAGCUUAACUUCUGGUGAACUAGAAAACCAUAUUGAUCCUUCAUUGUUGACUUGGACAUUAAACAAUGAUAUUUUAGAAAUUAUCCUAACUAAAAGCACUCAAGGUGUAUUUUGGAAAGAGUUAAUCAAAGGAGAUGAUGUAUUAGAAACAUGUAUUGUAGAACCUUUUAAUCAAAGACUGCAAAGAAGAACUAGUGAUACAGAAGUUUUGCCCCAAACAGGUACAACAUUUAAUUCCCAACAAAUAGAAGAGUGUGAUUUUGAAACUGAUAAAUCAGAAACUUUUGAAAGGAUUAGUGGGGUCACUAACGAAGCAACUCACAGGAUUCAUUUGGGGUCUCAUCAAGUCCUUUUAAGCCCUUAUUUGAAUUCAGAUUUACCACCAGCAUUGGGAAUAAGACAUGAUAUUGAUUUAUGUCUCUGGCAACCAGUUCUUGAUAAUGAUUUUAGUUGCAAACAUGUUGGGACAUUGCACGCUUUUGGAUAUGUACAGGCAUCUAAGACAAACAGGAAAUUUUUAAUGUGCUCUCCCAAUCUAGAUUAUGCAGUAAUCAGCGAGUCUGUAGGACAUAUUUUUAUUUACAGGCAAAAUAUACCUUUGUUAGCUGAUUUGAGACAAAGAUCUACUGGUGUUAGAGUGAAAAAUAUUGCUAAGCAGCACGUAUUUAAUUUGCCCAAUAAACAUAUUUUAGGUAUUUUUGCAGGAAACAAGCAUUUAUUUAUUUUAGGUGAAGACUUUGUUAUUGCCUUAAGUAUAGCUGGAACUCAGUCAUAAUAAAUACCAUUACCAUUAUUUGUUAAUUAUUCUAAUAUAUUAUUUUAUAUUCACAUGAUUACUUGAUUUAUUUUUCUAAAUAGGUAAUCUUAAAUCUAUACCAGUGUUCUCUUUAAUCGUCUUCAAACAUCAAAUGGUCAAGUUUCAAUUCUUUUCCCUUAUCUGCCUUGCUACUUCUUUUGGGUUUGUCCUUUUUAGGUGGUUUUUGUCCUAUAACGUACUCGGGCAUUACAAUUUUUGAGCUGCUAUGGCUAAAUGUUGGCUUUUGCUCAGAUUCAUUAAUAUCACCAUCUAUUGCAGUAGUUUUGUCUAAAAAUAUAUUUAAAAACAAUAUGACAAAUAAACUAAAAUUAGUUUGCCUCUUAUGGUGUUUGUGCGUAAAUGUUUAUUGAAAACAAUUUUGCUUGGUAGUUCUUCUAGUUUCUCUUCUUCCAUUCCAUUUUCACGUUGUUUUCUGUUUGCAAGCUCUCUUAGGAAAUCCAUUGCAGAUUUUGUGUUACUCUCGUCAGUUAUAUCUUGCACAUCUUCUAAAGAAUAUUUUGUCCAUUUGUG